AUGCCCGCUGCAUACGAACAAUUGCGACCGAGAGGUGAUGCGAGAAAUAAUCGCCAGAACAUGGCUGAACUGAAGCUCAGACGACUCAACGAACUCAACGCGCGACUGAGGGAGGACCUCGAAAGACCGAGGGUAAAAGUCACAGAGGCUUCCAUGUCGUUGAUAAACGGGAGGACCCUUACGCUCCCCAGCAGUCUGGCGGCUGUUGUAUAA